GGCAAAACUUAUACCAGGUAUUCUAUGUCUAGGUGUCAUGGUUGAGUGACACUACUGAUCUAUAAAAACUGAACCCAUUUGAUCUAAUGAACAUAGCUUCAAUACUCAGAAUACAAAAGAAGAUCCCUAACAAAACGAUGAGUUCCAAUGAGAAUGAUCAGACGGAUGAACCUGAUGGUAAACUUACCGACCAGGAAGAGAUGCCUAAUUACAUUUAUAAGAUUCAACAACUCCGUGCUUUAUUUGGACAAUGCAACGAUGGAGUACAUAUAGCUAGGGCCUUCUAUGAGAUAUCAAAUGUACAAGUAGGCCAUUCCUCACCGAUUUGUCUAUAUUGUGGGGUGUGCCCUGAAGAGAAGCAAAACUUUCAAGAGUUGAAUGAACACUUUAAAAGCACAAUAGAAAACUGCACUGUGCAGAAUACACAUCUCAAGAAACUAGAAGAUGAGCUUCAAAAAUUAAAACAACAAUGGGGAAAGGAAACCGAAAAAAUCAGACUUUUAUAUAAUGCAAAAUUGGAAGAGACCAAAACAAUUAAUGCUGAUUUAACGAAACAAACUUCUGAGAUGUCUAUCAAAUGGAAGUUUUUAGAGGAACAAGAUUUGGAGCUGCGAGAAAAAUUAGAAGAAAUGCAGAGUCAUCACGAGAUAGACAUUGAGAAAAUAGAAAGGUUAGAAAAAGAAAAAUCACAGCUUCAAAUUGAGUUCAACUUGCACAGGACUUUGAGCGACGCCUGUAAAUCAGAGAGAGACAAGCUGAAAGUGGAAGUCAAUCAAAGUCGAGAUGUUGUGGAGAAUCUAAGAAAGGAUGCAAUGAAGAAUACUAUUGAGAUGAUUUCUGCUAAAACUAAAUGUCGUCUAUUGAAAGAGAAAAUCAAAAUUAUAACAGCUGUUCAUGACAAGGAAAGAAAGGAGUGGUCUACCCUUGCUGAAGUCGACUCUGCAGUCAGAAACAAAACGCAUUUCGAGACUGAACUUGUGCUAGAACUAGAAAAAGUAAAAGAGAAGUACGCUACAACUUUACAUGCAAAAAUAAACGAAACUAGAUCUUUCUGUGCAUUAAAGUUAGAAGAGUUCAUCUCAGGAGUUGAAAAGUUCAAUGCAAAAAAAUCUGAAGCCCGAAAUGUUGAAUUCAGUCAAUUACGACAACAAUGUGAAGAGUUGGAGAAGAUAAAGAUCGAUUAUGAAAAGUGCCGCUCUGCAAAGAUUGAGCGUGAAAACGAACUGAAAUUGAAUAGGAUAAGUCUUGAGAAUCUCACUCUGGAAAGAAAUAGACUGCAAUACGAUUUAAAAUGCCAUACGGAAACAAGAAAAAGUUUAGAAGAUGAACUGAGGGAAUACAAACACUUGCUGGAGGCUGCAGUAAUAAAAUUUCAUUCGAAUAGGAUGGAUCACGAGAGUCCAAUUGAUCUGACAAGUGCAAGUAUGAACGAACGUCCUGCAAGUACAAGUCCAGUGGAUGAGGUUGAAAGUAGGUCUCAUUUUCCAAAAGCUCCUUAAAGUUGUAGCCAAUGUAUCAGGACGUCUGGGCUUAGUGUCGAUACUAUACUGUUCAUUUAGAGUGUAACCAAACAACGAUCUACACUUAGGUCCUACUCUUAACAUCUGGUACACUUGUGUUAUUUAUUGUAGAAUAGAUUGUGUCCUUUGUCAAUCGUACUUUUAAAAUGUCUUGCCUAUUCAGUUUGCUCAUGAUUUAAGUUUAGAAAAUUGUGCAAAGAAUGUAUUCUCUUCAAUCUAUUUGUAUUAUCAUGAAUUAUUUCAUAUUCUCUAAAAUAAUAGAAACUAGUAUUGUUACUAAUUGUAAAAGAUUAUUUUAUCAUAAUUAAUUAAAACUUUUUGAGAGUAUAAAAAUGUCUACAAUAUUUCAAGAAUUUAAAACUGAGACGACCUGAGAUCGCUCUUUGAGUCUGGAAGAGCUGUCAAAUGUAUUUAUUUAUUAUGUUAUUAUUUAUUUACAUUUGAGUGCUUGCCUUAUACUAAUUGUAAUAAUUCAAGAAACGAUCUUCUGAAACAAUACAAAACUACACUAAGCCAACCUCUACAUGAACUGCUCUGCAAAUGUUGGCAAGAAAGUGCUGUGCCACAGGAUCUGCGGGAUGCUAAAAUCGUUACACUGUACUAGAACAAAGGGGACAAAAGCGAUUAUAAAACAUACAGGGGAAUUUACCUCUUAAUUAAUGUAGGGAAAGUCUUUGCUCGAGUGAUACUUCUAAGGCUUCAAAAACUCGCUGAUCGGGUCUAUCCAGAAUCACAGUGCGGCUUUCAUUCAGGGAUUGACAUGAUUUUCUCCAUCCGCCCAAAUUCAGGAAAAGUGCAGAGAACAAAGGAUGCCAUAGUACAUCGCGUUCAUUGACCUGACUAGAGCCUUCGAUCUAGUCAGCAGAGAUGGCCUUUUUAAAAUUUUACAGGGCUAAGACUCGCUUCUUUAAGGCCGAAAUGAAUUCUGCUAUCUUAGAUUCACAUUUCAAGAUGACCUGUCUCUAGAAGAGGAAAUUUAAAAAACGCACAACGAAGGAGGUCUCGACCUUUGCUAGACUCAGGUCAAGAGUUUGGGAAAACCAGAAUCUCACUACAGUGACCAAAAUAAAAAGUCUACAAGGCAUGCGUUCUGAGUACACAGUGAAUCGUGGACCACCUAGGCAAAGAGAGAAAACUAAACUCAUUCCAUUUGUGAUGUCUCUGAAGGAGCUUGAAAAUCACUUGGACAAAGUGUGCAAUACUGAGAUCCUUGCGCGUACAGGUAUUCCCAGCAUCUUUACAGCCCUCAGACAACGCCGUUUGCGCUGGCUUGGACAUGUUCGCCGGAUAGAGGACAAUCGUAUUCCGAAAAACAUUCGCUGAUGAUGCGGCUCUUCUUGCCCUGCUCUCAGAGAGCUCAAACGUAAAUAAGUAUUUCAAAGAAAUAGAACACAUUGAAAAAUACUGUAAAGAUAAUUUUGUAUUAUUAAAUGUAAAAACCCAAACAAAUGAUAAUCGAUUUUCGAAGGGAAAAGAAGGAAAAUGAUAUUGUUUCUGUCGCUGGAGAGACUAUUGAAAUUGUGCAAAUCUUUAAAUACCUUGGUACUAUCCUAGACAAUAAACUAAAUUUUACUGCAAAUAUUGAUUAUAUCAGCAAAAAAGGGCAUCAAAGAUUACGAUUACUAAGAAAACUGUCCUCGUUUAAUGUUAGCGAAAAGGCCUUGGCUAUGUUUUAUCACGCUCAUAUCUGCAAUAUUUUAAGUUUCAAUAUCACUGCCUGGUAUGGCAAUCUGAGCAUUAAAAAUAAAAAUAAACUUUAUAGAAUCCUAAAUGCUGCUGGCAAAAUCAUUGGCAAAAAACAAAACCCAUUUGGGCAUUGUUGGAGACAAACAUCUAUAAAAAAGCUAACAAGAUCCUCGAAAUAAAGAAUCGCCCUUUGUGUCAGGAUUUUGUGAUUUUACCAUCACAAAAGAGAUACAAGACACCGAUAGCAAAGACAAACAGACACAAACACUCUUUUGUUCCCCUGGCAAUCAAAUCAUUAAGAACAAUCUGGAAUAAACUUUGUCACAUGUAAAUUAUGAGUAAGUCUGGUGUGAAUGUACACUUUGGUUUCUUAUAGUUAUAAUAUUUUUUGUUUGGUGUAAUGCACAAAUUGUAAGACAACUUUCCAUACGGACAAUAAAGAUUAUUAUUAUUAUUAUUAUUACGGACACCUCUCGACUGGCUCAUGAAAAACUCAAGAAAAAAAUGGCCAGCUCAUCUAUAACCAAAGCAAAAGUCACCUUAACCUGCGAUAUUUGUGGACGUGAGAGUCUCUCCAAAAGCUCCACAGACACAUUUCGAGAUGAACCAUAGUCGCUCUACGACUGGAGGAGGCAACCAAAGCAUUUGGAGUGUGUAAUUUGCUUUUUUUAUAUUGAAGAGGUAUUUUUUUUUAAACCCCGCUGAAUAAGUCAUUUCUGCACACAACACAUCCAUAUAAAACCACCAAUGGGAAAUGUUUCUUUCAUGGUGGAUUUACAGAACAACCAAAAAAAGUUAAACCAAGUGUGUCCCUUCAUGAGAUAAGAACCAGUUCCAUUCCAUCUAUAGAUCUCUUCUAAUUUUAUGACAUAGAAGAUUUCAUUAUUCUAUAAAGGGAGAUAAAUGCUCCUUUUCAAAAGAUAUCUCUGCUGUCACCAGACGCACUAAUAUUAUGUCACAGAUUAUAAAUCAUGUGUCCAUCCUAAAAAGUGAAGAAUACAUUACUGUCAUCUAGGUUCUGGUGUGUGUGUGUCUUUUUGUUUUUGGAGUGUGAUGGGCUUUCAAUCAAAUUUAAAUCUAAACCUGUCACGUACUUACAAACGCAUAUGAAAGAUGUCCGAGUAAUUCUGUGACAUGGUAAGAAGGUAAUGGACAACAGAAAUGGAGGAUGCUAAUCUAUAGAACACAUGGGUCACAUGAGACUAUGGGACAGAUGGAGAAAUACAAAUCUCUGUACAGAGAGGCUGAGAGAGAAUGAAACGCUCCUCUACCAGCACUGUCACUGCUUGACUUGACUGAGGACAUGCCACUAACCAAUGAUGUAGAUCAGUGAUUCCCAAAGUGGUCUAUAUAGACCCCCAUGAGAGUGAAAAAGUAAAUUGGGGGUCUAUGAGAUGUCCAUGGGGGUCUACGGUGGUGGAUUUCCUUUAAGCAAGUUAUAACUUUAAUGUUCACACUCCGUUAAUGUAACUAUUUCAAGCACAUAUAAAUAAUUUGUAAUUUAGUUAUAAAUAUUUGUCCUGCUAUUGAAAUGUAAAAUGGUUGUAUUUAAUUUCAAUACUUAUCUAAAUAGUUACUUUUGUCUACAUGUAACUAAUGUUUAACAAAAAGAAAUCUAGAUUUUACAUCAUAGAUUAUUUAUUUCCUUGGUUAAAUAAGCGGAUGUCUAAGUGCCUUUUUAUGACUAUAUGAAACCUAUUACACUAAAGGAUUUUUUGAGACGAUGCUACCCUCGUAAAAAAAUAAAGGUGAUAAAAAAUUUCAAAAACUCAAAAAUAAAGUUCAGAAUAAACCCACACAA